GAAAUAGAUGACGAUCGGCGCACACGCGCGUUGUACAUGACGUGAAAACGGGCUUUCGGGCUUUGCCGUGUUCGCAAAAAUAAAUAUUAUUUUGAAAACGUAAAGAUUUUAGUGUUUGAAUCUACAAGGAAAAAGUUCUUGAAGUUCAAUAGCUCAACUUUGUUGUUUCAGAUGAGUGUUUAAUAGUUUUUGAACUAUGAAUUACAUGGAGAAUAUAAAAUAUUUUGUAUGAAUACAGUAACUUGCAGGAGGGAGGGGAUUGAGCUAUUGUGAAUCAGCAGUCGCCAGUUUAUUAAUUCCAGAUUUUUGGAGAAUAUUGGGCACGGGAACUAUGAAUGUGCAGGAAGGUGGUGUGAAUGUUCCAAUCUCCGUGUCCAACCCUGCCCCCAACUCUCCUGCCCCUACAAACCCUGCAGGUGUUCAGCGCAUCAUGCCAGUUCUGUACGUCAACCAGCCAAACAUGAAGCCGGUCGUGUCGGCUGCACCCUCCCCCAACUCCGUGGUAUCGUCAACCUCGGGUCAGACCAUUCUGACAGCCAUGCCUCAGAUUCAGCUGACUGGAGGUGGAAAUCCCCAGAUCAUCCAUUCUUCCCCUAACCCCAGUACCUACUCCUACGUCCCAAUGAGGCAAGUGUAUCAUCAGACAAAGACAAUAAAGGAUGCACCCAAGAAAGUGUUUGUAACGUCGAUAAACUCACCCAACAACAACAAGUCAAACCAAGUUAACCUGAUUUUGCCCAACAGUCCGAACCAAAACACCGGAAACAAGUCAUCGAUCACGAGUCUGAUCCUGCCGCAAAUAGGGACAGUCUCGAACAAGACGACUAUCACCGGAAUCAUGGUUCCGAACAAUCCAACGGCUUCAAACACCAAUAAAACGACGGUUGCAAGCCUUCUUCUACCACCGAACGCAAAGUACCCGAACAUUGCUCCCAACAAAAAAGUACCGAUUCCAAACAUCAUAAUUCCACAGCAGAACAUGAAUAACAAGCCACCGAAUGUUCCCAACAUAAUACGCCAAUCGAACAAUCCUUCGGGAAAGAACGUCGUCGGGAUUUUCUCUCCAUCAAACACGACAAACCCGCCACAGAUGACUAGUUUGUUGCUCACACCGAACACAAACACGAAUAACAAACAGCCACCUACUUCUGUCGGUCUGAUUCUCCCCACUAGUCCCGGAUCACACGGAAUCAUAGUUCCUCAGUCGACGGCGGGCCAACCCCACGGGAUCAUAGUCCCGCAGCAACCGGGAGGCCAGGCUCACGGAAUCAUCAUGCCACAAUCGUCAGGUGGCCAGUCCCACGGAAUCAUCGUUCCACAAUCCACCGGCAACCAGUCGCAGCUCACUAAUCUGAUCAUCACUUCGAGCACGGCCACCAACACCCCUGUCGCCGCUAGCCUUCUUAUCUCCGGUAGCAACAGUAGCGCCAGUUCCAUCGGAUCCGGCCACAUGACUAGCCUGAUUAUCCCCCAGAGUCAGGCCCCCCAGUGUUCUGCGCCCAUCAGUGGACUCAUGGUACCCCCCACGGGGGCUCCCCCCACACCCCCCACCAAGAGUUUAUUGGUCCCGGUCUCGGUUGGACCCAACAGCAAGGGCUCACUGCUUCACCCGGCCACCUACUCCAACGGCAAGAAGAGUCUUGACCCCAGCUCGAUAGUAACCCGACCAACAAUAUUUGCUGCAGGAAGAGACAACAAACAGUCAGUCCUGGUGAAGCCACCAGAGGGAGGGAAUUUCCCCUCUCUGCCCCCCCUCCAGCCUAUCAGUUCCAAUAAUGGUAUUGGCAAGACACUCCUAGCCAAGGCACCCAAUGGACUCAACAUGCCGGAGUCCCUGGUCAUGACUCCCAUAUCAGACAUCGAGGCCAUCAAGAACAAACCUGAAAAAAUAUCUGAUGAAAUGACAAUAGAGCGGACCCCGAUGGUGAGCGAGGGAACCUCUAUGGCCACAAUUGUGAGGGUAGACGAUGAGUGCAGAGCAGAGGAAAUGGGGAUGAGAGGCACCGAUUGUAGCGAAGGCUUGGUUCUGGAUGGGGAGGUGACAGUGAGAAGACUUGUUGGACCGGACAAGGAAGAAAUUCCGGAGAAGAAACAGAUAGAAGAUGAUGUAAAAAUUGAGCUGGUCAAGAAGAAACAGGUGGAGGAUGAUGUGAAAAUAGAGUUGAUGAAGAAGAAACAGAUAGAUGAUGACGUGAAGAUAGAAUUGGUGAAACCAGAACGACAGAAACUCCCUCCACCCAGGUAUCAGAAGCCGGAAGAUCUGAACCCCAUGGAGGUCUUGGAAUGGGAUCACCAAGGUGUUGGAAAACUUCCAGGAAGUAAUAUCAAGUUCCGUAUCAAUGAGUAUGGAUUAGAUCUCGUGGUGGAUAGUAACAAGGAUGAAUCUUCUUCAAACACACCAAACUCGAGCCGACACAGCUACGAUGACAAUGUUAAUUUAUUCAUGGAUUUUAUUUUACAGUUCCGUAUCAAUGAGUAUGGAUUAGAUCUCGUGGUGGAUAGUAACAAGGAUGAAUCUUCUUCAAACACACCAAACUCGAGCCGACGCAGCUCCGAUGACAAACCGCCCAAUACAGAGAGUAAAACCACAAAGGACAUUCUGGGAGAGGCAUCGGACAAGAUAUACUGCUGCGAAGGCUGCGGCUGUUACGGCCUCUACACAGAGUUUCUCAUGGAUACUCGGUUCUGCAGUGUCGGCUGCAAGAAGAUCGUGCUAGCUCGGACUGAGAUAAAGAAGAAGCGGCAAGAUGACAAGAUGAGAGAGCUGCGAUUGAGGCGGAAACGAAGGAAGAUUAAAAUCCUUGCGCAAAGAUCGAAGAGAGGCAGCAUUGAUCAAAAGAGUGGCAAGGAGCAAGGCGAUGCCAAGGUGGAACCAGUGGAUGAAGCCGAACUUAUUUCUAAAGCAUGGUCCACCAAAAUGGUGGAAUUGCGUAAAAUCAAGAAACCGUCUGAAGGCAACAUUAAGAUCAACUUGCAGGUCUCUGACUCGGAUGAUUUGCGAGGAGCCUCCCCGACUAUCUCGGACUCGGAAGUCAGUGAGACCAUCUCGAGGUCGCCUGCCGGAAGCAACCCCAGCGAGGACGAUGCAUCUUCCGACAGGACAGCUUCAUUGGAUGUUAACAAGGAAGCUUGGCUGAACAGUUCAGGGGAGUUCAUGUGGUCCACUUACCUCCAGAAGUGUUGCAACAAAGCAAAAGCAGCUCCCGUCCGACUGUUCAAGAAUCCGUUCCCGGACGGCAAAAAUGGGUUCAAGGUGGGGAUGAAACUGGAAGGUAUCGACCCGGAGCACCAAGCCAUCAUUUCUGUCCUCACUGUCGCCCAAGUCAGAGGAUACCGGAUAAGAUUGCACUUCGAUGGGUAUCCGGAGUACCAUGACUUCUGGGCAAAUGCAGACUCUCCGGAUAUCUUCCCACCCGGGUGGUGUGAACGGAACAGCCAUAACCUAGACCCUCCCCGCGGCUACACGACGGAGAACUUCAGUUGGAACAUGUAUCUGAAACAGUGUCGGGCACAACCGGCUCCGAAGUCUCUGUUCCCCAAGUCUAAUGCACCACUGUGUCCGAGUCAGUUCCGGGUGGGGAUGAAGUUGGAGGCUGUGGACCGCAAGAACUCUUCCCUGGUUUGUGUAGCCAGUGUCGCCAACUUGAUAGACAAUCGAAUACUGAUCCACUUCGACAGUUGGGGUGAUGUUUACGACUACUGGACCGACCCCAGCUCUCCCUACAUCCACCCUGUCGGUUGGUGCGAGGAGAAUGGUCAUGACUUGACUCCACCGAACUCAUACAAGAAUCCCAGCCAGUUCUCAUGGGACGUGUACCUGAAAGAGACCAAGUCGGUGGCGGCACCUGCCCGGGCGUUCAAGCCGAGACCACCGAACGCGUUCAAGCGUGGGAUGAAACUGGAGGCGAUUGAUAAGCGAGCUCCGUCUCUACUGAGGCCCGCGACCGUUGUGGAGGUGAAGGACUACCAGAUCAAGAUCACCUUCGAUGGCUACCCAGAGGAGUUCGGGUACUGGGUGGACGACGACUGUCCCGAUAUUCACCCAACCGGGUGGGGACACAAGACUGGACAUCCGAUCACUCCUCCACCCACGUCACCGGUGAAAAGCGAGUGUGGAACCAAGGACUGCGCAGGUGACGGUAAUGUGAAGGGCGGAUUCCUGGCCAAACACACGACUGCAGCCCUCUGUCCUUAUGCCCCUCAGAACCUGAACAAGGACACUGUUCCGGACAGGUUCUGUGUCAAUCCGGACUUCUAUGAGGUUCCUGAACCGAUAAGCAAGACAAAGACUCCUAGCAUAAAGCAAGACAUCGGAGAGGAUUCAAAUUCAGAGUCAAGGAUUAAGACUAGACACUCUACAGCCUCAGUGAAAGAAGAAAACAAAGAAGAACCGUCUGUGAAAGUAGAGACUGAAGAGAAGACAGAAGAAAGAAUUGAAAGGAGAGGUCGUAAAAGGAAACUGCCAGAAGCAGAGAGCAGGACGGAUCAGUUAGACCGGUUGCGAAAGGAACUCAUCCGUACCGUCCUGGAACCUGGGUACCAGCCGGCACCGGCGCAACAGGAAAUGUGGGUGAAACAUGUGGCGACACUGGGCCACAAAGUGAAUGUUACUGGGGGAGACCCCCGUGCAUGGAACCACAAGCAGGUAGCAGCGUUUGUCAACACAGUCAUUCCCAGCCGUGCCAAGCUCUUCCUUGAUCAGGAGAUCGAUGGAGAAGCCUUCCUAAUGUUGACUCAGUGCGAUCUAACCAAAGUACUUGGAUUGAAACUGGGCCCUGCUCUGAAGAUCUACAACUGUAUCAUACUUUUAAGACAAAAAGUAAUGAGCUUAUGAAAUAUGUUACCUUGUAUUACACCUUAUUUUGCUGUGACAAGUAAUUACGAUUCUGGUUUUAAGUCGAUUAUUUACUGAAAACAAUAAGAAAAUUUGCCAUCUGGUGCUUUUUCUACAAUUCAAUAUCAGUGGUUUUUAUUCAUUUUCAGAAAACUGUAUAUAGUUACGUACGUACCCAUGUACAAAGCGCGGUAGAAGAUGUUAAGUUUCAAAGAUUUAUAUUUUGCUAGACAUUGCUCUUUUAUAACUACUGUCUUCAAGUAAAAUAAGGACCUAGCCGUCUAAAGUGAUAGUAUUACUAUUUUUGUUUUUGUACAUAUGUUGUUUUGAUAAUAAUAUUUGUAUUUAUUUAUGUAUUAUUAAUUUCUGUAAACAAAUUUAUACGAUUUGUCAUGACGUUGACAGUUGUACAGUGUUUUAAUGUUGUGUCAUUUUCAAGAACAAUUUGUAUGAAUAAAUAAAAAAAAUUAUAAAA